AUGACAAACAGCAAACGCAAGGUGAAUGCCAAAAAGACACCGCCGAGUGUAACCAAGAAUGUCCCAAACUCCAAGGAUCUAGGUGUAUACGCACCUCUGGCCAUGCCGAUGACUUCGUAUAUCUCCAAAGUUGGCGUCCACACUACGCUUUGGAUGUUCGUCGCGCUCUAUCUCCCACGGACAAAGUUUUUUCUAGGGGAGCUAGUCGACUUGGAAUGGGGCGAACAGAACCAAGUUUCUCUUGAUCAGCCACAGCAUCCUUUCCUCGAUGCGUUGACCGUCAAUCCUGCGUCGACUUUGAUUUACAUUUGCCUGGGAGCCGCUAUUCUUCAGAUGAUGUGGGCCGGUACGAUGAGAGACUGGUGGCUGAAGCUGGGAGUCCGCGGCUCAGAAGAUGAAAGACGGACAGAAAUAGCGCUACUCAAUCGUCAGAAAUUCACGAUAACCCGGAACGCCUGCGCUGCGACCAUAGCGGCCUCUUUUUUUAUUCACUUUAUCCUAAUAUUAUUUGGAGCACCUAUCACAAGUCUGGUCUUGAAAACAUACCUUCUUUCCCUUUUGAUAUCUAUAAUAACGGUCUACCCCCCUGCUUACACCAUUGGGAUUUCAAUCACGGGCAAUAAUUCCGCGUCUAUCGUUAAUAGGUGGACAUGGGUCAGAUUGUUCACAGAGUUCCAAGUCCGGAAUCCUGUUGAACGCAACUUUGUUUACUCUGAGGUUGGGACAGUCGUUGGUUGCUGGCUUGGCAUCAUUCCUCUCGCUCUUGACUGGAUUCGCCCGUGGCAGGCCUGGCCCUUAACCCCCGCAUUCGGUGCCAUUGCAGGUUACAUCAUCGCAACAUUAUCAGCGCUUACCGUUAGCAUCGUUGUACAGCUCGCCGAAGAUCACAGACGGGCACAAGACAGCUUAGAAAAAUCAGAAUAA